CAAAUAAAUACCAUUUCGGAUAUAAAGUACAAAAAUAGUGAUGUGAUUUAUAAAUUGGGAACUAUUAAAAAAACAUCGAUAAAAAUGAUUGACAUUUAAGUAAAAAAAAUAUUAAAUUGCCGGAUAAUUCCAGAAAUUACUUAACAUUAAUUUAGAUAUUUAUUUAUUGUGUUCUUCGCAGUAAAAGUGAUUUUUUUCUUCUUCGGAAAUCAUAACCAAUUUAACCAUAGGAUGACGCAUUGGUGUUAGGUGUUUGGGGUCCAAAAUUCGAUCGUCAAUGCAGAUUUGUGACAACCUCGUUACUGUAUCGUGGGACCCCGAGCUAGGUUGACGUAACCCUCAAGAUUUUGGACGGAAUUUUUCGAAAAUACACUAUGUGGAGUCUAGAGGAGCUGGCGGUGCGGCUGUUCGACGCCGGGGCGGUGCGCCUCGGAGACAUCGAGGCUAAGAUCGGCAGGCGAACCCCUAUAUACUUCGACUUGAGAGUCGUCGUGUCACAUCCACAGAUCAUGCUAUCAGUGGCGCAACAUCUACAAAAGUUAGCGAGAGAAAUAGAUCACGACUUGCUCUGCGGAGUUCCCUACGCCGCGCUCCCCCUCGCAGCCGUCAUGUCAGUCCACACCAACACUCCCAUGAUCAUGAAGCGAAAGGAAACCAAAAUGUAUGCCACCAAGAGGAUCCUAGAAGGAAUCUUCGAGAAAAACCAGAAAUGCUUAGUCGUAGAGGACGUAGUGACAUCUGGCGGCAGUCUUAUGGAAACAGUUGGCACGUUACGUUCCGAAGGCUUGGUCGUCACACACGCCGUCAUAGUUCUCGACCGAGACCAAGGUGGCGCUAGUGUACUAAAACAGAACGGAAUCCACGUAAAAUCGAUAUUCACAUUAACCGGCUUGUUGAAAAUAUUGAACGAAGCCGGCAAAAUAAAAGAUGAAACGGUUGAAAUUAUAUUAGAACAUAUUAAGGAAUGUCAAUUUAGCAAUUUGGAUUUUAUGAAAGACAAUUUGGAAAUUAUGUGAGGUUAGCAUUGAGUAAUUGAGAUAAGUAGGUAGUUAAUUAGACCUACUUAUGUUAAGUUUGCAGAAUUAUCAUAUGGUUCCAUCUUUGUUAAUCAUAUAAAAAGCACAGAAAAAGUGCAAGACAGUUAUAAUAGGCUACAAUGCCAUCGAAAGUUAAAUCCUAGUUAAAUAAUUUUGCUUAAAGUUAAGUAUAGCUAACCUCUUCCACACUAGAAAUCAACGAAUGUUAAGUUCUGCAACCUAUCAAGGAAUAUUAUAAAAAGGUGGUUGAUGAUUCAUACAUCAUCAUCAUCAUCAGUGAAUGAUACCUAGGUACGAGAUUCGUGGUUCAGAUAGCGUUAAUGUCGAGUGUAUUAAUAACACUUAACAUUUGGUUGCAAUAAUAUGGCCACUGCACUAACGUGCAAUAUAAUAGUAUAAACUUUAGAUUUAAUUCAUUACAUAAUUUAAGCACGUUUGAUAUAAUUUUAGCUGCUAAAUCUUCUGAUUAGCAACUGAACCCAUAGAUAUAUAAACACUGCCUUAUAAAUACCUACUUCUAAUCUCUGUAUGAUUGUAUUAUUUUAUCUGUAGUUAUUGUUCUAGUGUUAGUGUACUAGAUAUGGCAUAUUUAUGAAUGUAGUUUAUAUGAUUGCAAAAUAUGUUAAAACAAUUAAAUUGGUUUAUACGUAGAACAA